AUGACCGCCCAGAACCUUCCCCACGAGCCCGAGUUCGAGCAGGCCUACAAGGAGCUUGCCUCGACUCUCGAGAACUCCACUCUCUUCCAGAAGAAGCCCGAAUUCCGCAAGGCCCUGCAGGUCGUCUCCGUCCCCGAGCGCGUCAUCCAAUUCCGCGUUGUCUGGGAGGAUGACCAGGGCAACGUUCAGAUCAACCGCGGUUUCCGUGUCCAGUUCAACUCUGCCCUUGGCCCUUACAAGGGUGGUCUCCGUUUCCACCCCUCCGUCAACCUGUCCAUCCUGAAGUUCCUUGGUUUUGAGCAGAUCUUCAAGAAUGCCCUCACCGGCCUGAACAUGGGUGGUGGUAAGGGUGGUUCCGACUUCGACCCCAAGGGCAAGUCCGACAACGAGAUCCGCCGUUUCUGUGUCUCCUUCAUGACCGAGCUCUGCAAGCACAUCGGUCAGGACACUGACGUCCCCGCUGGUGACAUUGGUGUCACUGGCCGUGAGGUCGGCUUCAUGUUCGGCCAGUACAAGAAGAUCCGCAACCAGUGGGAGGGUGUUCUCACCGGUAAGGGUGGUAGCUGGGGUGGUUCUCUGAUCCGCCCCGAGGCCACUGGCUACGGUGUUGUCUACUACGUCGAGCACAUGAUCAAGCACGCCUCUGGCGGCAAGGAGUCCUUCGCUGGCAAGCGUGUUGCUAUCUCCGGAUCCGGCAACGUCGCCCAGAGGGCUCCCUUCACCCCGGAGGAGAUCAACCAGAUCGCCGCCAUCAAGGUCGAGCGCAAGCAGAUCUCCGAGCUCGCCUCGACCUCCGCCUUCGCUUCCAAGUUCAAGUACAUCCCCGGUGCCCGCCCGUGGACCAACGUUACCGGCCGCAUCGACGUCGCUCUCCCCUCCGCUACCCAGAACGAAGUCUCCGGUGACGAGGCUAAGGCUCUCAUCGCCGCUGGCUGCAAGUUCAUCGCCGAGGGCUCCAACAUGGGUUCCACCCAGGAUGCCAUCGAUGUCUUCGAGGCCCACCGUGAGGCUAACGCCGGUGCCUCCGCUAUCUGGUACGCUCCCGGUAAGGCCGCCAACGCCGGUGGUGUCGCUGUCUCUGGCCUUGAGAUGGCUCAGAACUCUGCUCGCGUCAACUGGACCUCCGAGGAGGUUGAUUCUCGCCUGAAGGGCAUCAUGGAGGACUGCUUCAAGAACGGUCUGGCUACCGCCCAGGAGUACGUCACUCCCGCCGCUGGCUCCCUGCCUUCCCUGGUCGCUGGUUCCAACAUUGCUGGCUUCACCAAGGUUGCUGAGGCCAUGAAGGACCACGGUGACUGGUGGUAA